AUGGCAAAUUUUCCCGAAUGGAACUCUGGCGAGAUCGUUGAGGAAGAUGUCGGCGAGUACCUGGACCCGCGCAGCGCUCUUGCAGCAAAGGUGCCACCCACGAUGCGCCGACAAGGGCGCGCUCCUCCUAAGAAGGACAUGACGCUUGCUGCGAGCCCUAAGGCAAUCGUCGGCUUUGUUCCGAUGGUGGAGUGCGACGUUUUAGAUGAUGAACUCGCUGGUAAGGGCCUUAGCGGUUUGCCUCUAGAGCUGUGCCUUGACAAUAGGCACUUGUCUAAGGCGUCGCCGCCCCAUCAUGCCGUGCCGCAUCCGAAGGGGCUGCCCACAUCAGCGAAGGAGUCAGAGGCGGCGCCGACGCGAUCAGCUAGGCGGCCAUUGGCCACGAAGGUUCCACCAUGCGCGGCGUCGACGACCGGCGUUUCUGCCGCUGCACCCCUGCAACUCUCUUCCGCAGUGAGAACGCCAAACGGAACUGGGGGGCCCAAUGUCCCGCCACAGAACACCGAUCCCAGCCACCCUCCUCCGUCAAAGUUGCGGUCGACGUCCGGCGCACAAAGCAGCGAAACGACGAUUCCGCUGCCUGCUGGUCGCCCGCACGGGAGCAAAUCUUCGAAGCUGAGCAAGCGUGUAUUUAGGGUCUCUUCGUCAGGGACGUUUGUGAGCAACACCGGCAGUGGCACCACCUCUGAGUGCGACAGCAGCAUCCGUGAAGCUUUUCUACCUCUCUCAGCCCCUGCAGGCAUGAGUCUGCCAGCCCUACAAAGUAAGGCUGCCCGUGCUAGGAAUGACACUCUGCGCAAGCCCUUCUCGGCUGAAGCGCCGGCGUCACUGCAGGCCAAAAUUCCAUCGCAUGCCUCGCUCUCUUCGAGGGCGUCGGGGGUACGCGGGCCGCUGCCAAUGCCGAAAGAUCGCGUAGUAUCGUGCGGCGUCGCUGCACCCGCUUCUUCUUCACGCGUGGCGAACCCAUAUUCAUCCUUGAAGGGACCUGUGAGCGGCAACUACGCCGUUCGUGCUUCGAGGGUUGCACCGAGCAUGGCUGCUCCUGCUUCCACGGGCCCCACGAGGAGCAGCACGACAGCGAUGAGUGAGACACGCGCGACGCACUCCGCCAGCAUAACGCGGAGCACCUCCGUGCGACGCGCCGUGCUGAAUCUCAAGAGCGACCCCGAUCCAUCGAGUGGUGACUAUGCGUACGGCGGCUUCUUUUUAUGUGAAAGAACAGUCGAGCAUCAGUGCACGGACUCUCUCGCCGGAACACAGGUGCUCACCACUGCCUCCAGCACUGCCUCGUCCACCGACUACUCGGCACUGCGAGGGAUGUACGACUUGUACGCGCACGAGCCGGGCAAGACGGGGUCUUCGAUAGCGGCGCCGCACAUCGGCUUUGGUCUAGCGUCCGUGAUGGAUGAGCUGCGCGACACCACCGCUCGCCUACCUCCCCUGUCCGCCUUUAGCGGCCAACGGUCCAAUGCCAUGACGUCGGCAUCACCACAGCGCCCUCGACCCCAGCGGCACUCGGUGUCUGCCUGCACCAUGGCUUCCCGCACGCACUCCUUUUCUUGCCAGGGACCCGUUACCAAACCUGCGAUGACCGGCACAAAGGCACCGUCGGCGGCUUCCGCCCUCGCCGAGGGGAAUGAGGACGAAACGGUCAAGGAAGAGAAGGGGGAGAAUGACGUGAUCGUCAGCAGCAACUUCCAGAGCGCCGACAAGCACCGCAAGUCUGUACCGCACAAAAAGCAGGCGGUGCGUCGACGGGGCACGGAUUUCGACAAGAUUUGA